AAAGACUCCCCUUAAACCCCCUCUUCGCCUCUCUCAGCGUAUGAAGCUCUGCGUUUCUGAGCUCUAGGGCUUUGAUUCUGAUUCCCAAUGGCUUCAGUGGUUCUCAGAAACCCUAACUCCAAGCGCCUCCUCCCUUUCUCCUCCCAAAUCUACUGGUGCUGCCGAGGAUCCACUCUCUCCUCUCCCACCGAUUCGAUCUCUGGAAAUGACAGAGCUUCCGCUCACACCUCGUGGCUGAGAUCCAUGGCCACCUUCACCCGAACGAAACCUCACGUGAAUGUGGGAACCAUUGGGCAUGUCGAUCAUGGGAAGACUACACUGACUGCAGCUAUAACAAAGGUGCUAGCAGAAGAAGGUAAAGCUAAGGCUGUUGCCUUCGAUGAAAUUGACAAGGCCCCAGAAGAGAAAAAGAGAGGAAUUACUAUUGCAACGGCACAUGUGGAGUAUGAAACUGCUAAACGACAUUAUGCACAUGUAGAUUGUCCAGGACAUGCAGAUUAUGUGAAGAACAUGAUUACGGGUGCAGCACAAAUGGAUGGGGGUAUUCUUGUUGUAUCUGCCCCUGAUGGCCCCAUGCCACAGACCAAGGAACAUAUUCUGCUUGCGCGCCAGGUUGGUGUGCCAUCACUUGUGUGUUUUCUAAAUAAAGUUGACGCUAUUGAUGAUCCUGAGUUGUUGGAGCUGGUCGAGAUGGAGCUCCGUGAGCUUCUUAGCUUCUACAAGUUUCCUGGGGAUGAGAUCCCUAUCAUUCGAGGUUCAGCUUUGUCUGCUUUACAAGGCACAAAUGAAGAGAUAGGCAAAAAGGCUAUCCUUAAACUAAUGGAUGCUGUGGAUGAAUACAUUCCUGACCCUGUACGCCAGCUUGACAAGCCUUUCUUGAUGCCUAUUGAAGAUGUCUUCUCAAUUCAGGGGCGUGGAACAGUUGCCACUGGCCGUGUUGAACAAGGAACCAUUAAAGUUGGUGAAGAAGUUGAGAUUUUGGGGUUAAGGCAGGGUGCUCCUGUGAAAACUACAGUCACUGGUGUUGAAAUGUUCAAGAAAAUAUUGGAUCAGGGGCAAGCUGGUGACAAUGUGGGUCUUCUUCUACGUGGUCUAAAGCGGGAAGACAUUGAGCGUGGUCAGGUAAUUGCCAAGCCCAAUAGUAUUAAAACAUCCACGAAGUUCGAGGCUGAGAUAUAUGUACUUACAAAGGAUGAAGGUGGACGCCAUACAGCCUUCUUCUCAAAUUACAGGCCUCAAUUCUAUUUGAGGACUGCAGAUAUCACUGGGAAAGUAGAAUUGCCUGAAAAUGUUAAGAUGGUUAUGCCUGGGGACAACGUGACUGCAGUUUUUGAGUUGAUUUCACCUGUUCCACUUGAACCAGGGCAAAGAUUUGCCUUGCGGGAGGGAGGCAGAACGGUUGGUGCUGGUGUAGUCUCGAAAUUAGUGAGCUGAGUCCACGCUGCUUGAUUCUUCAGCUUUUAUUCUGUUCGUUUGCUGGAGGAAAACAAAAGACCUGACUGUUAUCUCUUGGAUUUGGAUACACAUGCCAUGUGGUUAUUACUUUCAUAGUCCACACUUGAUGAAAUGUUUGCUCUAGGGCAUUACGAGAGAGAUCUCUAGUGGUAUGAAAUUGAGUAAAUUUAAAGGAAGUUGAUCUUCGUUGUUACUUUUUGCUGUGCACAAUUGGUCAAAAUGAUCUUGAUCGGUACUGAAAUAAUUCUGUCCUUGUUAUUAGAAAUAAUCAGCUAAUCGAUGUUGUGGACUUUUAUGGU